AGAAGCGUCGGCUUUGGAACCGGACUGCCUGGGUUUGAAUCCUAGCACUGCAGCUGACUCACUGAUGGACUCAGGCAAUGCCUUGAACUCCCUGGGCUUCAGGUUCCUUGUCUGUCAAAUGAGGAGAAAGAGAGCCCCUGUUUCGUAGGGCUGUGGUGAGAAACCAAUCAGACGAGGCACGUGAACGCCAUUAUAGCACAGCAGUAUCCAGAAGGACUCACUCGAUGACAGCUGUCACCGCCAUCAUUGUUAUUAGUGUGGGCCAGGGAGGACCGUGUCAAAGCGGCAGGUGGAGGAGGAAGAGGUGCCAUGUGACCGUGUAGGUUCACAUGCGUGAAGUAUGAUCUGGGCCUUUAGUGUGCAAGCACAUAUGUGUCCUUACUGCAUGUGGUGUCACAUACGUGCAGGGUCAUGCUCCUGAGCCUUUGAUUGCAGACGUGUGGGAAGUGGGCCCCGUCCCCACCCCCAGUGCCACCAUGCUCUGCUUCUCUUCCCUUGCUCUACUCUAAAACGAGAAGUACAAGUGAGUUCCCCCAAGGGGUCGGCCGCGCCUCUUCCUGUCCCCGCCCUGCUGGCUGCCCUAGGCCAGUGGAGUGGCAGCUCCAGAACGGGGACCACCGGGGCCGGUGAGGCAGCUUGGCACUGGGAGCCAGGCCUGAGGCUUAGUCCACGAGUUCUCUGCCUGCCCAGACUAGCUGCACCACCUCAUUCCCUGCGCCCCCUCCCUCUCCGGAAGCCCCCAGGAUGGUGAGGUGGUUUCACCGAGACCUCAGUGGGCUGGAUGCAGAGACCCUGCUCAAGGGCCGAGGCGUCCAUGGCAGCUUCCUGGCUCGGCCCAGUCGCAAGAACCAGGGUGACUUCUCGCUCUCUGUCAGGGUGGGGGAUCAGGUGACCCAUAUUCGGAUCCAGAACUCAGGGGAUUUCUACGACCUGUAUGGAGGGGAGAAGUUUGCCACGCUGACGGAGCUGGUGGAGUACUACACUCAGCAGCAGGGCGUCCUGCAGGAUCGCGACGGCACCAUCAUCCACCUCAAGUACCCGCUGAACUGCUCCGACCCCACUAGUGAGAGGUGGUACCAUGGUCACAUGUCUGGAGGGCAGGCAGAGACACUGCUUCAGGCCAAGGGCGAGCCUUGGACGUUUCUUGUGCGUGAGAGCCUCAGCCAGCCUGGAGACUUUGUGCUGUCCGUGCUCAGUGACCAGCCCAAGGCUGGCCCAGGCUCCCCGCUCAGGGUCACCCACAUCAAGGUCAUGUGUGAGGGUGGACGCUACACGGUGGGUGGUUCAGAGACCUUUGAUAGCCUCACGGACCUGGUGGAGCAUUUCAAGAAGACGGGGAUUGAGGAGGCCUCAGGCGCCUUUGUCUACCUGCGGCAGCCGUACUACGCCACGAGGGUGAAUGCGGCCGACAUUGAGAACCGAGUCUUGGAACUGAACAAGAAGCAGGAGUCCGAGGACACAGCCAAGGCUGGCUUCUGGGAGGAGUUUGAGAGUCUGCAGAAGCAGGAGGUGAAGAACUUGCACCAGCGCCUGGAAGGACAGCGGCCAGAGAACAAGGGCAAGAACCGCUACAAGAACAUUCUCCCUUUUGACCACAGCCGAGUGAUCCUGCAGGGACGUGACAGUAGCAUCCCUGGGUCUGACUACAUCAAUGCAAACUACAUCAAGAACCAGCUGCUAGGCCCUGAUGAGAACACUAAGACCUAUAUCGCCAGCCAGGGCUGUCUGGAGGCCACGGUCAACGACUUCUGGCAGAUGGCGUGGCAGGAGAACACCCGUGUCAUCGUCAUGACCACCCGAGAGGUGGAGAAAGGCCGGAGCAAAUGUGUCCCCUACUGGCCCGAGGUGGGCACUCAGCGCGUUUAUGGGCCCUACUCUGUGACCAACUGCAGGGAGCACGACACGCCCGAAUAUAAACUCCGCAGCUUACAGGUCUCCCCACUGGACAAUGGGGACCUGGUUCGGGAGAUCUGGCACUACCAGUACCUGAGCUGGCCCGACCAUGGGGUCCCCAGUGAGCCCGGGGGCGUCCUCAGCUUCCUGGACCAGAUCAACCAGCGGCAGGAGACCCUGCCCCACGCGGGCCCCAUCAUCGUGCACUGCAGCGCGGGCAUUGGCCGCACAGGUACCAUCAUAGUCAUCGACAUGCUCAUGGAGAACAUCUCCACCAAGGGCCUGGACUGUGACAUUGACAUCCAGAAGACCAUCCAGAUGGUGCGGGCCCAGCGCUCGGGCAUGGUGCAGACGGAGGCGCAGUACAAGUUCAUCUACGUGGCCAUCGCCCAGUUCAUUGAAACCACCAAGAAGAAGCUGGAGGUCCUGCAGUCGCAGAAGGGCCAGGAGUCAGAGUACGGGAACAUCACCUACCCCCCAGCCAUGAAGAACGCCCAUGCCAAGGCCUCCCGCACGUCAUCCAAACACAAGGAAGACGUGUAUGAGAACCUGCAGGGGAAGAACAAGCGCGAGGAGAAGGUGAAGAAGCAGCGGUCAGCAGACAAGGAGAAGAGCAAGGGCUCCCUCAAGAGGAAGUGAGCGGCGCCGAGCUCAGGUGGCCGCGCCUCAGCUCAGACCCUGCGGAAGCCUCCCACCGCGGACAGACCCACAACCUGAACCUAGGAGCGCCCCAUUCUGUUGUAAUUUAAAUGGCUGCAUCCCUCACCCCUCUCCCUGAUCCUGUAUAUAGCCCAGCCAGGCCCCAGUCAGGGCCAGCCCUUCUCCUUUUGUAAAUAAAGGCCUGGGAUUACUGUG